UACAAUUACACUUCUUUUAAAUUACAUUAAUCAUGGAGAAAAUGUAUACAUUACAGGAAGUAAACUAUGGUUUCUAUUUCCAUUGAAAUGGUAGUACCUUGUAAAUCUUUAGAAAAUAGAUGCCAGUAUCAUAGAAAAUUCUGAGAUAAAAACUAGUAUAUUUCAUGUUGCAGUUUAUUCUGGAAACAAACUCACCCACUUACUAUAGACCACACAAUUAUUUUAAUGGGUUAAAGAGUAAUGACUGUUGUGUGGGUUUUUUUAAAGGUAGCUUAGUAUUUCUUAGCAUCAUUUAAUAUAGCUGAACACUCUUUAGUAUUGUUUGUUACCUGUAAACAAUAGCACUGUGAUUCCUGAUAGGUUUUGGAGGUCAACUUUUAAGUCUUCUACCAUAACACAGUUGUGAACUCCAGAGGAUUGUUUCGCCCAUAUUUUAGUGGUAGAAGAGAGUAAGUCAGAAUGUGGCACAAAAAGCAGGGAUGCUGAAGAUUCCCCAAAGCAUACAAGUACAGAAGCUGCAGCUGUAGCAGAGGUAAUGAUUGUAGGUGAUGCAGUAGAGAAUACAGAAGUGAAAAUUCUCAUGCUAAAUAUACUAAAGGCUUUGUCAGUGACUUGCUCUGAAACAGCUAGAAACAUCAAACACUUAGAAAUAUCAGGAACUGAAAAGAAGAAAACACUGGAAAAAGGAAAAAAAAGAAAAAGAAGGGAAAAGGACAGCUUAUCUUCCCCCAGAAUUAUAAAAAAGAUACUUUGUUUUCUGUUGGUAGUAAAAUGAGGCUUUCUUGAGAAAUAUAGCUGUUCCCUUUCUUUGGCAUUUUUUUCAGUAAUUAGGAAGACAGGGGAAACAGUUUUUCACUGAAGAAAAAUAAUAAAUCAGGUUUCAAACGCUAGGAAGGGGAGGGAAGAGAGAUGGAGAUUUCCUAUUUUACAGUCCUUGGCAAUCCUAGAGACAGGAUGAUCACCUGAGAUGUGGAAGCACCUUUACAAUCCCUAUUCCUCAAUUUUAAUCUGAGGAACUGAAAAUGGCUUUCGCACAUAUACUGCAAUUUCUGCUUUAGACUACGCAUCACAUGAUGAGUAUGAAAAAGUCUUUCCUGAGUAAUGUUACUCAAAAAUUAUAUGUCUUCACAAAAGUGUCAGUUUUGAGAGAAAAAAAAGCUAUGUUUAGGCUAGCUUAGUCAUGGUGCAUCAUGUAAAAUUAAGUUUGUGCUUCAAUGGAAAGACCAUACAGCACAAGUGUAUUCCAUUUACAUAAAUGUUGACAAUGAAGAAUCUCUUCAUGUCUCCAUGUUUUCAUAGCUAGACCCAUACAUUCUUAGAUCCCACUAUGCCACCUCAAAAAAUGAGUGUAAAACCAAUGACCCUUUUCCUGCUGUGCAUCAAAAUUUCAUCUACGUCUACCAAACCUACAAGAUGCAAAUCCACCAAAAAGAGAGAGAGAAAACACUAAUUAUCUCUUCUAUUAUGUAAGUUACAUGCUGCUGUCAAAAAGUCAUACUGGCAUGAAACUAGCAGACCAGCAAAAAUAACCAGAUUUUGUAAAUCUAUUUAGCAGAAGAAUCAUUAUUGGCUAGUAUCUGUGUUGGAUAUUUUAAGUGGUUCUUUUUGCUUGUUCAUGGCUACUUGAAAUGAUCAGUUUCCCAGGACCACAAUUACAAUCUACAUUUUCACCCCUUACAGAUGUUUGUAGAAUUUUUGUGAGCUUUUGCAGGAAAGUAUUUUGCCUGUUUCUUUUGCAUCCUUUCAUUCCAUUCUGACAAAAUAAAGUAGUAAUGUAACAGUGGUUCUUACUCUGCAAAUAUUUGUGUGACAACAUUUGUGGUCAUACUGCAAUCUUCCUGCAGUGGAGUUGUAUUACAGAGAAUAUGCAGGUACAUGCAAGAGGAAACAAGCUUGCAUACCUUCCAAUUACUUUGGUUUUUACCUCUGGUGACUUUUUUCCACAGCACCUGUUAAUUUUGUUCCCUGCAGGUCUUGAACAUGUAUGACCUCAACUGACUGCUGCAAUUUCUUUUGUUUACUUCAACCUCCAUGAUCGUCUUUCUUAAUCCAUUUAAAACAUAUGCAAAACCCCCCAGCCCCACCCUGCCCAAAUCACAGCCUCUCCUCCUUUUGAUUCCUAAUCUCAGAUUCUUUUUAUCCUUUCCUUUUGCUAUCACAUUGACCUUGGUUGUCUGACCUUGUAUGUCUCUCUCUGUAUGAGCGAGGUCCCACCAGCUUGCCUCUGCUUUCUCUCUGUCAGCAGGGCCAUCAGAACAAAGACCAUCCACUUUGUAUCCUGAAAUAGUGGUGUGAAUCAGGUGUUACAGGAAUAAGAGCAAAGGACAGACAGAAUUGUAUAACCGACCCCCUUCAUACUCUUAUAACUUGCUUGCCUCGCACACCAGGUGCAUGGGUGUCCGGCCCAGGCCCGACUCCAGCCCCUGCUGUGAGAAGGGGAGGAGCAGAGCUGGGCUGAAAUUGCGCAGAACAGGAAGGCUGGUGCGGCUGCUGCCAGCAGGGAAGGAGAGGGAGAGCAAUAGGUGCUGCUGCUGCAGGGUAGAGCCCUUUCCCCACUGAAGCCACUGCCCCAAACAUCUAUGUCUUCUUCGAUAACACUCUUUCCAUGGCUUUCCACUAUUCUGAAAGCAAGGAGGCCAUGGUGUGGUGGUGCCAUAGGCAAUGUCCACCCUACUUUUCCUACCACCAAUUUUAUGUUGCUUCGCAUCUGCGGUGGAGUAUGCUGGUUGGGGCCUGCUCUUGUAGAGUUUCUGUGCAGAACACCAUUAAAUUCAACAGAAGUGCUUGAAAAGAUCUGUCCUUUUCCUCUGGUGUUUUUAGGUUAGGACCUUGUCUAUUUUAUCCACAAAAUGUUAUGUGAUCUAUAAAUUAUUAUAAAAAGCUUCUAGCAAAAUACUGUGAAAUGUCGAGGGCUAUAGUGAAAUUGAAUAUAUGCCUGAAAAAGGGGAACACACUCAGAUUUAGAGUCUUGGCUAUUUUCAAAUUCUAAUUAUGUUUCAGGAAAGGAAAAUUAGAGUUGUUCACUCAGAUGCUGGCCAUAAAGAAGAGCAAGUGGCAGUAAUGCACUUGGAAUGCUAGCCUAUAAAGAUUUUUUUCAAUUGCUUAUAGAAACAGUAUACACAACUGCAUAACAGUUCUAUACAAAUAAGCAUUUAAGGUUUAAAAAUUCAACUCAAAGCUGACUUGAAAAUUCCAGAAAGCUGGGUAGAAAUCUUAGCUGCAGAGAAAUUUAACCAUAUGCUAUUGUGAUCACCUUGUUUUCUGAGUUCUUGCAUACCUGUAGAUUACAAUGUUGUUUUUUUCUAUCACAUCCCUAUUCAAAGUGUAGGUGCUCCCUCUUGGGAAUCUUUCUAGAUGGACUGAAUGUAGUUCAUCAGUCUCCAGAUCAUGCCUACAUUAGUGAACUGCAUGAUUUACAGAAAGAAGAUUUAUUUCCAUUGAUGGUGUUAACAUGAGCAUACUUUACCAAGUUAUUCCCAGAGUAUUAUUGCUGUUUGCCUUAGAAGACACCAUCUAUGUAGUUACCCUUAUUAAUGGAAAGUGAGCAUGGUGGCUGUUUCGAACAAAAAUGGCUUGAGAGAAUGAAAAGAAGGAACCUUGACCUCCUAUAAACCUAGUUAGCUACAGCACAGUGCAGCCACAUAAAUGCACAGAGAUAUGAAGUCUUUAAUGGCUUUAUCUGUGAAAUACUUGAACAUUGUAGUCUUAGUAUAGAUCUUGGACAUUUUGUCAAAUAUACCACAGUUAAGUAGCUUGGAAGACCAGUAGAUGAGCUUAUGUGAGCAGUAAAGACAUACAGUGAUUUUGUUGCCUCAAAUGAUUGCUAUAUAUCAGUGUUGGUUUACUUUGGUCUGAAUGCAGGAGGAAAACAAUUCCCGGCUGAGAAGAUACCACAACAGAAUUCUUCAUUUUUAAGCCUGCAGAGUAGUAUGAUUUCCCAGUAAAAAAAUAUAAUGGCUCAGCAAAUAUCGUCGGCAAGACUUCACAAAAUUAAAGAGUUGAAGAAUGAAAUAUUUGUUUUACAACACAAAUUAGAAGCAUCAAGCUUAGAAAACCAUAUUUUGAAACAGCUUCAGUGUCGGCACUCGAAAGCAAUAGGUAGAUACAAAAAUUCACAAAACAACUUGCCGGAUCUUUUAGCAAGUCAUUAUAAUGAGGUGAGAGCUUUAAGGAAACUCCUGAGGACAUCUCAGGAGGAUGAGAGAAAGACAUCCAGGAAGCUCAGAAAAGUUGAAGCAGAGCUGCUAAAAGCUAAAGAUGCUUUGCAGACCUUGCACAUGCUUUCAGAAGACAAAGCUCUUGCAGAGAGAGAGGAACUUGAGCACAGAUUGUCAGUCCUUACAGAAAAAAUCGAAGUGAAUGAUAAGAGAAUACAGAGCCUAGAAAAGCAGCUGAAGUUGAACAAUAGCACCUUUAGUCAUCAGCUGGCAAAUGAGAACAAAAAAGCUGUGGAAGCUGGGAUAAUUACAAAGAACUUGAAAAUGGAAAUUAACUCUCUUCACCAAAAAAUUAAGGAAAAGGAUCGGCAACUUUGUGUAAAAAAUAUCUAUUCAAAUUGGAUGCCUAAAAUCCCAGAAGACAAAAGUGAUCCAGUACUUCAUGAAAAACGUCUUAGUGUAAACAGAUCAGUGCAAGUAGAGAAACAGAACUUUAGAUCCCUGCUGCUGUCACAGUAUCAAACUCAGGAAACAGAAAAAAGCCCAAUUCAGCUAAAAAAGGAGAAAAAGUCUUUAGAAGAUAAGAAUCAAAUGAAGCAUACAUGGAUGCCCAAUGCAGAACAGAAAAGCAAUCGACCAAGAAAACACCAAAGCCAGGAACUUUUAGUAGAGCACGUAGAGGACCUCAGACCAAUAUAAAGCAACCCAGUGAAGAAAGCGCAUCUUCAAACAUAACAGUGGCCUGAAGUUUUCUAAAACAAUGUUGUUAGUUAAGUAAACUACUCAAAUGUAUUUUAAUUGAAAUUAUUGGGUUAAGAAUUAUACUACUGAAAGCAAUAUAAAAUUGCCAGUUGUAAAUAUUGUCCUUUCUCCAAGCAAGGAGCCUAUAAACAUCCAUCCAUUCUGCACAGAGGAAGCAGACAAAGCAAAUCCGUCUUGUAUCCUGUUCAGAUCAGUUAGUGAAUUUGGGCAAAAGCAAGAGCAAAAGCUCUGGUGCCAAAGGUUUACGUGUACUUUCUACCAUGAGAUAAUGGACUAUAUAUACUACUAUAAAAUCCUAAUUGAAACAAAGCACUACAGUUUUAUCACAGAAGCUGCUACAUAACAUCAAACAGGGUUGCAAAGUAUCAGGAAAGAUCUAAUCUGGUUACCUUACAGAUCUUAACAUUUUAUAGUACACCAACUAAAUAGCCCCACCCAAGCAAUGCAUCCUUUUGCAGUGAUACGAGAUACGCAGCAGAGGACUUCCUCAACUUACUUAAAACAUGAUUCAGUGAUGAGUAUCACUGAGAAAGAGUACGUAAUUACACAGCAAAGCCCUGGAAAUUCUUUGAAAGAAAAAAUUAAAAUCUAAGUCACUUCCUUGUCAGUGUAGGCAGAACUACACAAAAUUGGAAAACAAAAGGAAGCUCUCCAAAAAGUUUAAAGGAAAAAAACCAGAGAAGGCAACACUGGAAAUGGAUGUGAGGAGAAAUAUACUUAAUUGAAGACACUCUCGACAAAAUGUUUUUCAGAAACUAGAAAAGGGAGUAAACAUUGCA